AUGCGGAUCUUCCUUCUCUCCGCUGUCACGUCGACCUUCUUCGCCCUUGCCUACGGCGCUGGAAGUGCCGUCCAAGGCACCGGGUCAACCACUCGUCAGUGGUCCUGCUGCAAGAACUCUUGCUCUUGGCCCGGCAAAGCUCUUGUCGAUAAACCAGUCCUGACGUGCGACGCAAGCGAUAAUCUCCUCGACAACUACAACAGGCGCGAUGGCUGCGAAAGCGGCGGUGGUUCAUAUGCCUGCUCUGAUCUCAGCCCAUGGGCUGCGAGUAACGACUUGGCGUAUGGCUUCGCCGCAGUCAAUCUUGCAGCUUCGAACGAAUCCGCGUGGUGUUGCUCUUGCUACUCUCUGACGUUUACUUCCGGCCCAGUCAACGGAAAGAAGAUGAUCGUCCAGGUCACGAACACUGGAUCUGAUCUAGGAGAAGAUCAAUUCAACAUUGCCAUCCCUGGUGGUGGCGAAGGUUCCACUCAAGGAUGCACGAAACAAUAUGGCGGCGCCGACGUCUGGGGUCAAGACUAUGGUGGCGUAGGGCAUCGCGAUGACUGCGACGCCCUCCCCGCUGCGCUACAAGCUGGCUGCUACUGGCGUUUUGACUGGUUUCGGGGAGCUGAUAACCCGUCUGUCAACUGGGAGAAAGUCAAGUGCCCUGAGACUCUUUCUGGCGUUUCUGGCUGCCGCCGUAAUGAUGACCCGAUUCCGGGACAAAAUACCCCAUCGCCAACACCUACAACCUCUGCACCCAUAUCUUCUGGCACUGUACAGCCGGGUGGUCAGUGUGGUGGGAAGUCUUACAAAGGUCCCACCCGAUGCGUAGGAGGCACCGUUUGUACCUAUGUCGACGAGAAUUCGGUACUCGCAGUGCCAGCCCCCAGUCUCAUCUCAGAGAUCCUCGAGCACGCGAUCCACAACCGCUAG